CCUACUACCAUCGAAAGCGCCGCCUCGUUACUGUAUUCCUCAGAAGAAAGGAUGCGGUGACGCUGGAACAAGACAGAGCAGCUCUGUAGUAGCCUACUGUACAACAAUUCCAAUCCGGAUUUACAUGAAAUCCCCAACUGUCUCUACCAGAGCAUUGUUGUAAUCCGCUUCUGAACAGAGGGAACACCCCGUCUUUUCCAAUCAGGUUUCAGAUUGAUUCUUCACCUUGCUUAGAGAGGAUAGGCACCCUGGACUGUAUUCGGAGCUGAGAGAAGGCUGAGGAGUUUGGAGCUGCUCUUGAGCUGAAAGCCUAAAAAUUAAAUAUGCCAGCCUUGCUCUAGUAUUUUUCAUUAUUUUUGUUUUAUUUUCUACCUAUUACACAGCAGGACAUGGUGCAUAUGACAACUGUAUUUAUCCAGUAACCAAAUAGUUUGAAGGUAUCCCUUUUCGAAUGCCAACUCAACAAUGAACUCUAAUGCAGGGCCUUACCGGCACAGCGCCUACGGAGGUAGCCCGAGCGGCAACAGCGGGCGUGGCGCCGUGACCAUCCACUGUCUCCGCUGCCGGGAGGUCUGUAAGGGAGAGGUGGUUCGUGUGCAGAAUGUCCACUUCCAUGUCAAGUGCUUCACCUGCCAAGUGUGUGGCUGUGACCUGGCCCGUUCAGGCUUCUUCCAGAAGGGAAGAGAGUACAUCUGUACAGAGGACUACCAGCGCCUCUAUGGCACCAAGUGUGACAGCUGUGGAGACUUCAUCACAGGGGAGGUGGUCUCUGCGCUGGGGCGUACCUACCACCCCAAGUGUUUUGUCUGCAGCAUGUGCAGAAAGCCUUUCCCUAUCGGAGACAGGGUGACCUUCUGUGGGAAGAAGUGUGUCUGUCAGCAGUGCUCCCAUUCGCUAGUCAGCAACGCGCCGGUCAAGAUCCACGGACCCAGCCACUGUGCAGGCUGUAAGGAGGAGAUCAAACAUGGCCAGUCUCUCCUGGCCCUGGAGAAGCAGUGGCAUGUCAGCUGCUUCAAGUGUCAGACCUGUGGCACUGUGCUGACCGGGGAGUACAUCAGCAAGGAUGGUAUUCCAUACUGUGAGACUGACUACCACACCCAGUUUGGCAUCCAGUGUGUGACGUGUAACAGAUACAUCAGUGGCAGAGUGCUGGAGGCAGGGGGAAAGCACUACCACCCCACCUGUGCCCGUUGUGCUCGCUGUCUCAUGAUAUUUACAGAAGGAGAGGAGAUGUACCUGACAGGUUGCGAGGUGUGGCAUCCUGUGUGUAAACAAGCAGCUCGAUUGGAGAAGAAACUCAGAUUCAGACGUACCUCGGAGGCCUCCGUAUCUCCCCCUGGGUCCAGCAUCGGCUCCCCGAGCCGCAUCAUCUGUGCCAAAGUGGAAAACGAGGUCCUAAGUUACAAAGAUCUGGCCGCACUGCCUAAGAUUAAAGCUAUUUGUGACGUGCAGCGGCCCGAUCUCAUUCCCUGUGAGUCUUAUCACAGAUACUCCUCUGAUGACAGACUAGAACGCUACAGCUAUGGGGAGGACGUCUAUGACAGGGUAGAGCUGAGACAAAGGCGCUCCUCCAGCCCAGGCUUCAAUGACUCUCCCACCUACAGCCGCCAGGGCAUGUCUCCCACCGUGUCCACCUCCUGCUCCCCACAGCACCGCUUCCGCCCCGAUGUUUCAAACUACUCGGCCACUAAGAGUAAAGCCAGCGACAACAUCCUCCAGACUUCCCAGUUUCCUGACUCGUACUCUCCUGACCACGACCACCAGCAGUCUAACUACUACCCCUACACUCCCUCUCCCAGAGCUACUCGUGACCGGAGGUUUUCCUCAGGUGGAGAGGAGGAUGGGUGGAAUCAAAGUCUUAACAGACUCCAAGGUGGUAUAGGCCGUAUGAUUCUGAAGGAGGAGAUGAAAGCCAGGUCUGGUUCCUAUGACAAUGACCCGUGGAGCAGCGCACGGAACUCCCGCACCAACUCCCGCACCAACUCCCGCAGUGGCAGCAAAGAGGCCCUGCACAAUGUGGGCUACGGCAACACUGUCAACGGAUCUCCCACCAGAUCCCACUACAGUACAGACAGUGACUCCUUCAUCUCCAAGUCAGCCUCGUUGCCAGGCUAUGGCAGGAACGGACUGCACAGGCCCCAGAGUGCAGAUUAUUUCCAGUACGACAGCAGCAGUGCAGUUAACUGGGGAAUCCGAGAAUACAAAAUCUACCCAUAUGAUGUGUUGGUGGUCACCAUAAGGAGGCAGAACCAGCCCCCCAAUGACGUGGACAGAGCCAGGCUAGAGCGCCACCUGUCUCCUGAGGACUUCUACCGGGUGUUUAGGAUGACUAUGCCUGAUUUUGACCGGCUGGCACUGUGGAAGAGAAACGAGCUCAAGAAACAAGUCCGACUGUUCUGAAAGGAUCAGACUGUAGAAGCUCAGUAUAGCAGCCUGCUGGGCUUAACGUUAGAGGGGCCUGAGUCCUCACUGAGAGCCAUAAUAAUCAGUCUGGGUAGUCCUCGAUCCAUCAGGUCAGAGUCACAGCAGAACCAGAUCUAAAACCAGCUUGGGUUCUAGCCAUAGAAAUAGAAUGAGUUGUAAUGAUAAAGUUCUGUUGUUCCAGGACAUCCUCCGGGCCAGAGAAAUAGAAUGAGUUGUAAUGAUAUAGUUCUGUUGUUCCAGGACAUCCUCCGGGCCAGAGAAAUAGAAUGAGUUGUAAUGAUAUAGUUCUGUUGUUCCAGGACAUCCUCCGAGCCAGAGAAAUCCAGCCAGCCUGAGUCUAUACAUCAAUAAUAUAUCUCUGGAGAAAGAGGAGUAACAGGCUCCUCCCCCUGAGCCAUGUCUGUUUGUGGGAGAACUAGACCAGGCUAGUUCUGCCUAUGCUUUCAGUAUUAGGUGUUUGCUUUAUUAGGGGGAGUUUAACUAUAGUUCAUGGCUGUCAUGUCAUGAGGUUAUAGCAGAUUUUAACCCUUUUCAGGUUGCAGGUUUGGAGAGCUCUGAGACAUUAUCUUAUGAUCAAGCAGGAAAGAGAACGAGCAAACUGUCCAAACAGAACAUUCUACCAGAAAAACUCUGUCCUUGCUUUCUUUACUCUAAAUAUAUUGUUUCAUUCAGACUUUUAUUUAUUCAUUUUUUACAUUGAGACUAAAACGUUGUAUUUCUUAAUAGAGCAAGGGUCCCCCACGGAGUGAAAGGCUAGAUCGAUGUAUUGUGGUAGUACAGUUUAAGAAAAUGUGUGGAUCAUUGUGUGUUUACUGAAAAACCAAAGUAAUACAACUAUAUUAAGAACCAAUUAGUUUGUUUUAGAUAGCAACAUGCUUAAAGAACGACUGUCCCUAAAAAGCAACUUCUCUUUUUGAAAACAGCCCAUGUGGCAUCGAUAUCAUUGAUUCAUUGAUUCAAGUGUUAAAAUGGACUACAAAGUGUAAAUAGGAUAGUCCUAACAGAAUGAAGGGUACCCUAACAGUUUUCCUUGACUUGGGUUUAUUUCAAUGUGGUUUGACAUUUGAAAUCCCUAUGGGGCUAGUUAAGGACCAUCAGUAAAUUACACAAUGUAUAUGGAACAAUCAUUUAAAAUAUUAAUAGCUCCAAAUUUUAAAAAAAGAAGAAAAUGUACUACUUUAAAAUGAAGAUAGCAUGGGCAGCGCCUUUUAGGCUGUCACAGACACUAUAAUGGCACAAAUACAAAGAUGAGUCCAUCUAUCACUAUGGCCUCUGGUUCACACACGUAUCUGCCCUCUCAUUGGCUAGAAUGGUUCCACCUGAUCUCGCAUACUCCCACCUGCUUUCUGUCUUUGAGGACAUGUAUUUCCAUUGUUAGAGCGGUCAAUCGACUAUCUUGUCAAUAUAAUAGACAAUCUUUGCUACGUGGGAACACACACACAAAAGACACCCACUUUAACCCCCCCGUUUGGCUUCAGUCAUGGCCUUCUUAAUGACCAAGCCAAAAAAUGAGGCCAAAUCAGGAAGUUCAUCUCCCCUUUAAACAGACUGAAUGCAUGUUUCCAGAGAAUAUAAAACCAGGCUCUUGUCUACAUACUAACAGUUGAUUGUUUUACUAAAUUGACGGGAAGGAUCCAAACAAUGUAAUGUAUGUGUUGGAGUUUUGGAUUAUUUAAUCUUAUAAAUUUCAAUUGAACCAAAGGGUUUCAUUUACAGUAAUGGAAUAUCAUGUUAUGAUUGGAUCUUGAAUUGUAUUCAGAGCUGGGAUUGUAUUUAGGAUAAAAGCUGACGUGAGGGACUCUUCAUGGGGAGACAUGACCUGAUUCUAACUAAACACAUGGAGACAGAGAUAAUGAAUAGAGAUAUACAUUAAUUAGAUGGAAUCUGCCUGUGGAGGAAAGUGGAUUGGAGGGAUUGGAGACCAGAAGUCUGGAUUAGAGAUGAAAUAGAGGAAUGGAUCUGAAUUAGAUUACAACUGAAAGGGAUUGAAUGAACUCUUCCUUGAAAAAUACCAAGGUGAGGAGGGAAUGAAUCGAGGUGAGAAGGGAAGGAAUGGAGGUGAGAAGGGAAGGAAUCGAGGUGAGAAGGGAAGGAAUCGAGGUGAGGAGGGAAGGA